CAGCUGAGUGAGGCGUUCUCCAAGUCCGUAACUUUGUACCACGGCGACGCGUGUGUCUUACAUUGGCAACGAAACAAAGCCUUGUUCCGGAUUCGAAAAAAUAACAUAUAACAAAGGACAUUCUUCUCGGUCAUCCUUCUCCGCAUCUCAAUCACGAUUGUGUCGCGACGGUCUCACUCUAGUAGAUAGAGGUAUCCUUUGGUGCUGCUAUAUAUACAGUCGACAUGAUGGGUUUCGGCACGCUUUAUCAAGCUCUCUUGUUCACCUUGUUCUCGGUCGCUUUCGCCGCUAAUGGAUCUUCUACGUACACAUACCAGAACUCAGGGUCGCAGGCAUUUGCCUUGGCUCUUGGGCUAAACACCACAAGCAAUGAUCUUCAUUUCAACAUGUCCGCUCCAUCAACAUAUUCAUGGUUUGCUUUUGGUACUGGAAACCAGAUGAAGAACUCUUUGAUGUUCAUCGGAUACCCCAGCUCGAAUGGUUCAGGAAUCACACUCAGCCCGCGUCUUUCAACUGGCCACCAACAGCCACAGUACACAGAUACCAAGGACGUCGAGGUAGUCUCUAGCUCCACUAGCAAUGGACAGUACCAGCUCAUGGCCAUUUGUAAAAACUGCACUACCUGGUCUCUCGGUUCCAUAUCCACGACAUCAACAUCCCAACCCUUCAUCUUCGCCCUCGGACCAACAGGCGAAACAAUCUCGAGCGACUCGACUUCCGAGAACAUUGAUCAACACAGACUGUACAAUUCUUUCAGCCUGGAUAUGCAACAAGCUUCAUUCUCGGGUUCCAGCUCACCAGCUCUGAGCCCCAGCAGCGGUGCCGAGAGCGGAACAACCAGCUCCUCUUCAAGCUCAGCAGCCUCAUCCGCACCCAGUGAGAUUUACAACAGAGUCCACGGUAUCUUUGGAGCUAUCGCUUUUGUCAUUCUCUUCCCACUCGGUGUCUUGGUGCUGCGUCUGGGCCAUAGUGUGAUUGGCCAUGGUAUCGUGCAAGCAACCGCCUAUUGCUUCGUCAUUGUCACCCUAGGAACCGGAAUCUAUCUCUCCGAGAACACCCCCGGCAUGAACAAUUACAACUCCGCCCAUCAAAUCAUCGGACUAGUCUUAUUCUCCCUCUUGGCCAUCCAAGCCAUCGGCGGUCUCCUCCACCACAUUCUCUUCCGCCGCGGCACAAAGACCCCCCUCGGAAAAGUCCACAUGAUCCUAGGCAUUGGACUUUUAAUCCUCGGUAUCGUCAAUGCACCUCUUGGCCUCAAUCUCGCAGGCGACAGCAAGUAUAACAAAUACUACAUUAUCGUUGUUGCAAUCUUGGGAGCUUUGUUCUUGGCUCUGAGAGCAUGGGCGGUUUGGAGGAAUAAGAAGGCGGCAAAGAGGGAGGGAAGUGAGAAGGGUGUUUUGAGAAGAGGAUCUAGCAGUGAGGAGGCUGUCAUGUAAGGGCAAUCAGAGCUUGGUGUUUUUCUUUCU